GCGCCACAGCCAGUUACGUCAGCUCGGUGGGCAGAAUAAAGCUAGCUCGCUGCUGAAAAGGUGCGAAACGCCUGUGCUCGUAGAAGGACAAUAUUUGACCGAUUUUACCGAAAUCAAGGCAUUUUACUCGUAAAGGUCGUGUAUAAAUCGCGAGGGGCGCAGGUGAAGGUCGAGACACCAGCCCAAACUCAUCCCAGCCCACAGUGUCAAACAUCACAGACGACAGCCCUUCACACAGACGCUAUGGAUCAUUCACCCCACACCUCCAGCCUGAUGGCCAGCAGCAACGUCACCAACAAGACCGACCCACGCUCUCUCAACUCCCGGGUCUUCAUCGGCAACCUCAACACCCUGCUCGUCACCAAGGCCGAUGUCGAGUCCAUCUUCUCCAAAUAUGGCAAGGUCGUCGGCUGCUCUGUCCACAAGGGCUACGCCUUCGUUCAGUUCGCCAACGAGAGGAAUGCCCGAGCGGCCGUCGACGGGGAGGAUGGCAGGAUGAUUGUCGGGCAAGUGCUUGAUAUCAACCUGGCCGGAGAACCCAAACCACAGAGGUCAAAAACCACCAAACGCUCAGCUGGAGACAUGUACAGUUCCUCAUUUGAGGUUGACUAUGACUUUCAGAGAGAUUACUACGACAGAAUGUACUCGUACCCGUCCCGUGUACCCGCUCCCCCUCCCCCCUUGUCGCGGGCCGUGGUCCCGUCCAAGCGCCCGCGGGUCAGCCUGAGCGGAGGAAGCAGCCGGCGAACCAAAAGCAGCUUCUCCUCUUCCUCCAAGAGCAGUCAGAGGACUUCCUCCUCCAGAGCAAUGAAAGUGGACGAGCUGCAGACCAUCAAGCGCGAGUUGACUCAAAUCAAAAGCAAAGUGGACGACCUGCUGGACAACCUGGAGCGCAUGGAGAAGGACCACAACAAGAAGUUAGAAGCCAAGAGCGGAAAAACGGAGCCUGGAGAGGUGACUUCCCCUCCGCACUCAGGCAACCAGAAGGACGACGGGAUCAAGAGAGAGAUGAACGACUCCGACGAGGAGGAAGAGGAGGAGGGAGACCUGCUGGAGGAGGAAGAGGUGAGGGGUCAGGAGAGGGAGGACUUUGAGGAGGAGGAAGAGGAGGAGGAGGAGGAAGGAGAGCAUGUGGAAGGUGACGAAGAUGCUGAUAGUGUCAACGGCGAGGAGGACUCCUAGAUGCGGACCACACAGACGCAUGCAGCGUACACACAACUUCCAGUAGGAACUCGGACUCUUGUUUUAACACUCAUGAUGUUGAUAUAAAAAGCAAACGUGCACUCACACACGAGCAUGGUGCACACACUCAUGUUGUCCCUAAAGCUGAUUAAUUUGAUUUUUUUGUUGUUGUUUAUUUUGGCCAGUUGUCCAGUGUUAAUGUUACAGGAAUAACUAGCUGUAGGUUUGGGUUUGUGUUUUUACUGCAUCGCUUCAUGGGCUGUUGAUGUUCUCAGAGACGACAGCUCGACGGACAUGUCUGAAGGCGAGGACGAAAGUUCAGCUCCGAAAGCCCGUUUUUAGGUUCAGUGCGUUUUGUUUUUGCUCAGCGGGGAGUUUGUUUGACCUUGUGUGUCUGUAUGUUGAUGUCAGUUUUUUAUACUAUUCAGUUUCAAUUUAACUGUAAAGGAAUAAAUUGCAAUAAAAUAUUAAAAUGGGAAGAGA